AUGGAAAAAGACUUUAAUUUGAUUGAAAAAAAUAAUCUUGACGAAGAGACCAAUAACUUGAAAGAUGAAAAUUCUAAAUAUAUGGAAUCGCACCCAGAACUAAAAGACUUACUAAACGAUUUUAUAUCCUCUAUCUUGUUACAUACUCCAGAAGAUAUUUUUAAAUACGCAAAUGAAUAUUUUUCCUACUUUAAAAAGAAGUAA